AUGGCAUUUCCUGGGGAAGGUAUUUUAACAGAUCUUGCCAAGAGAUUGGCAGAUAAAACUAUAACAGAAGUCAAUUACUUUCGUCAUUUUGACACUCAUGUUUGCGAGUUUGAGCAACAACACAACGAGUUGGAUGCAAAAUUUGAAGAAGUGAAUAAUGAUAUUGAAGAUGCCAAAAGAAAAAAUGAGAACCCAACCAAAGAUGUUGAGGUUUGGAAAGACAAAGCUUAUAUUCUAAUUCAAGAGAAUCGUAGAAUCAAGCAGACAUGCUUCGAAAGAGUGGCACAUCCAGCUAAACUUCCAGGUAUUAAAUACCAUGUUCUAGGAGACUUCAUUGAUUUUGAGAGCAGAAAAUCAAAAUUGAAGCAACUUGUAGAAGCUUUAGAAGAUGGAAAUCAUCACAUGGUUGGAUUGCAAGGGAUGGGGGGAACAGGCAAAACCACAUUAGCAACACAAGUAGGCAAACAAAUUGAAGAAUCCAAAGCAUUUGAGAAGGUCAUCUUUGUCGUUGUGUCCAAUCCUCCUGAUAUCAGCAAGAUUCGAGAUGACAUUGCAAGGCAAUUAGGAUUGCCUUUAGACAAAGCAGCGGAAGCAGAUCACUCAAAGCUCUUGUGGUCUAGAAUUUCUAAUAAAGAAAGGAAAUUACUUAUAAUAUUGGAUGAUGUGUGGGAAAAGCUAAAUCUUACAAACAUUGGGAUUCCAUCUGGACCUGAUCAUAAGAAUUGCUAUGUUUUGAUAACCACUCGCCAUUCAAGAGUUUGUGAAGCAAUGAGAUGCCAAAAAACGAUUCACCUACACACAUUAACUGACGAGGAUGCAUUGAAUCUUUUUCUAUUUCAUGCUACAAGUAAUAAUGGUCUUUCAAGAAAAGAGUUGGAGGAUCUUGCACGAGGUUUUGUGAAGGAGUGUGGAGGAUUACCAAUUGCAAUUGCAUCACUAGCUAGCACAUUAAGAAUUUGGCCAGUAAGUGAAUGGAAGGAAGCUUUGGCAACCUUAAGAAAAUCUGAGAAAUUUCUUGAUAUUGAUGAAGAUUUAGUUCAGGUUUAUAGAUGCCUAAGCUUAAGCUAUGGGAAUUUGAGAAAUGAGAAGGCCCAAAAACUCUUUCUAUUGUGUUCUAUUUUCCCAGAAGAUUAUGAAAUUCCUAUAAAUCUUAUUAUCAGACUUGGUAUAGGGGCUGGAAUUUUUGGCAAAGUUGAAAAUUAUUGUGCGGGAAGAAGUCAAGUACUUGGAGUGAAAAAUGAACUUGUAGCUUCCACUUUGCUGUUGAAGGUUGACGAGAAAGAAUGUGUAAAAAUGCACGACUUGGUUCGUGAAGUGGCCUUGUGGAUGGCAAAGGAGGAUAUUCAAGUGAUCAUGGAUUCAAGGACAGCUUUAGAAACAAGCAAGAGAAUUGUGUUUUGGAGUACUAAUGAUUUUCCAGAUCAGUUUGAUGGUGCAAAACUUGAAAUUCUAUUCCUUUAG